AGACGUGUUAGAGAAACUAGAAGAGUCGGUGGGCUGGACUGAGAAGAGAGACGAGUGUCCGCCUUCAGCGAGGAAUCAGUGCGGAAAUGAAGCUGUUCCUCAUCAGCCUGCAUCUUUGUGUGCUCUCAACUUGGAGUGUUUCAUUGAACACAGACAAUGUGAGACAAACUGCAGACAUUGAUGUGUUUGAAGGAGAAUUUGUGAACAUCUACUGCUGCUGGACUGGCGGCAGAGGGGAAGUGAUGUGGUUCAAAAAUGAUUCACCUUUGACUGAUAUGACCCUAGAAACUCAUAACAAUGAGAUGGAAGAAUGCUCAAUCCUGAACUUUGUCUGGAUCACAAAAUGGGAUUCAGGCAGGUAUGUCUGUGAAAUUACCUUUGAGAUACCGGUAUUUGCUAAAAUCAGAGGAAAUGGAACAACCAUCACCGUUAAAACCAGAAAGGAACAAGCUUACACAAUAGCAGAAGCUCCAGCUCCACCCGACAGAUCCUCGGUCAUCACGGUGAUCCUCCUUCCUGUGGUGUUGCCUCUACUCCUCUCUAUCACCGUUUUCCUCUUUCUGCACGAACCAAGAAACCACGCUCUCACAUCCACAGUCGUCUUCACCGUGACCUGCAGUGACAGCGAGGAAGAGCAGACGGCGACGUGCAGCCCCUGGAGAGGCUGUUCUCAGUGGGAGUCCGAGUGCAGUUCACUGAUCUGCUAUAAGAAAGACCAGACCAGAGGAAGUGGAGAAAGAUCUGCUGCAGUUUCAACAUAAUGAGGGACAAUCUUGAACCUCUUCUUACUACAAAGUUAGCUGCGGUUGAUUUCAAAGUGAGAACUUUAACAGGGACUCAUGAGAAGUGAAGAGGGUGAGGGUUCUGCAGUCUGUGGCAGGAAGAGAAAAGAAAACCCAUGAAGAUCUAAAUGAUCCAGAAAGCUUUUAGAUCAGUCUGAGAGAAACAGUCAAUGCCAGGACUCUGCAACCAGAUGCUCUUUGAUCCCUCCUUUGAAACUCUUUGAAGAAAAAGGUUAAUAAUAUGCAUAAGUAUUGAGUUAAUAGCUUUGGCAAAUUUGCUUCAGUUAGUUAAGCUUUUAAAACUGCGGUUUCUGCAUUUUACAUUAUUAAAAUGAAAAGAAGAAACAACAAAAGCUUAGGUAGAAAGACAAAAAAAAG